UGUGCUUCUGCACCGAAUACCCUCAGGAGAUCUCAGUGUUAAUUUCUUUUUUUUUUUUUUUACUUUUUUUUUUACUUUUUGGGUUUUUAAAUUGUUGGAUCUUCGUAAGGGAGAAGGUUCUAAGAGGAGUUUCGGAGCUGCAAAGAUUUCAGAACACUCUGUUCUCGUAAACUAAAACAGAGCCAACGGGACUGUUUGGUUGGGGGGAUUCCAAUUUUCCGGGAAAGAAAGUGGAGAGAAAAAAGAAAAUGAGGGAUCAUAUUGCUUUCAAUUUCUCAAACAGCCCAUUUCUCAAAUCUUGUUUUUUCUUCUUCUUAUGUACUCUGAUUUGUGGCUUUCAGAAUACCAAACUCUGCUCCUCCUUAAACCCAGCGCUUGUUUUGCCUUUGAAAACCCAAGUGAUUCCGCCGGAAUCCGUCCGGCGAUCUCCCGACAAGCUUCCAUUCCGGCAUAACGUCAGCCUCACCGUUUCUCUGACGGUGGGCACGCCGCCGCAGAACGUCACCAUGGUCAUCGACACCGGCAGCGAGCUCUCGUGGCUCCACUGCAACAAAUCACAGAAUUCUUCUUCAAAUUCGUCCUCCACAUUCAACCCGAUCCGGUCAUCCUCGUACUCUCCGAUCCCUUGUUCUUCGUCCACCUGCACCGACCAGACACGGGAUUUUCCGAUUCCGGCAUCUUGCGAUUCCAAUCAACUCUGCCACGCCACUCUGUCCUACGCCGACGCCUCCUCCUCCGAAGGGAAUCUUGCCGCCGAUACGUUUUACAUCGGAAAUUCCGGAAUUUCCAAUGUAGUUUUCGGUUGUAUGGAUUCAAUUUUCAGCUCCAACAACGAAGAAGACGCCAAAAACACCGGAUUAAUGGGUAUGAAUCGCGGAUCUUUGUCAUUUGUUUCGCAAAUGGGUUUCCCCAAGUUUUCUUACUGCAUAUCGGAGUAUGAUUUUUCCGGUUUGUUACUCCUCGGAGAUGCUAAUUAUUCAUGGCUGGGGCUGGCUCCGUUAAACUACACUCCAUUGAUCCAAAUGUCGACCCCGUUACCUUAUUUCGAUCGCGUCGCUUAUACGGUCCACCUCGAAGGGAUCAAAGUUUCGAACAAGUUGCUUCCGAUACCGGAAUCGGUUUUCGAACCGGACCACACCGGAGCCGGCCAAACCAUGGUCGACUCGGGCACGCAGUUCACGUUCCUUCUCGGACCGGCUUACACCGCGCUCCGGGACGAGUUUCUGAACCAAACCGCCGGUUCGAUUCGGGUCCUCGACGAUCCGAAUUUCGUCUUCCAAGGAGCCAUGGAUCUUUGCUACCGGGUUCCGCUGAACCAAUCCCGACUCCCGCCGCUCCCGGCGGUGACGCUGGUGUUUCGCGGCGCCGAAAUGACUGUUUCCGGCGACCGUAUUCUGUACCGAGUUCCCGGAGAAAUAAGGGGAAACGAUUCUAUCCACUGUUUCACAUUCGGAAACUCGGAUCUUCUCGGCGUGGAAGCGUACGUGAUCGGGCAUCUUCAUCAGCAAAACGUGUGGAUGGAAUUUGAUCUACAGAAGUCCCGGAUCGGCUUGGCGGAGAUUCGGUGCGAUUUAGCGGGUCAGAAAUUGGGUAUGGGCCUGUAAAUAACCCGGGCCCACUCCGUAGCCCAUUUGAUGGAGGCGUUUUAACUAUCGUGGUAACUCAGCACGUGAUAUUGAUUAAAAUCUUACGGGUUUUGGUGUGUAGUCCGUAGGUCCAUGCUAUUAUGGUGGUCCUUCCGCUUUUAAUACCGUCCGUAUGUGGGCCCCCCCGCCAUCUGUGAUAUAGAAAAAGCAAGUUUGAUCCGACCAGUGUAGUGAAUUUGAGUGAGAUGCGAUGUCGCCACGUGUAAGGACAGUUUUCUUUUCUUUUCUUUUUCCCUCCCUCUCCUUCUUGUACAUUUUAAAU